AUGAGCAGCAGCGGCCGAGGCAACGAGGACGGAGGCGGGGCCAGCAGCAGCGACCGGGCCCCGGCGCAAAGUAGCGUGGUGACUAUGGUUAGCCCCUCCUCCAACGGGUUGUUCACGCCUCUGGAAAUCAUGGACAACGGCCCAAACGCGCACUUGCACACGUACCGCCUCGAGCAGGGGCCCGACGGGCUCAUGAGGACGACCAGGACCGGCCCGCCGCCCAACUUUGAGGAGCAGAAGCGGGCCCAGCGCAUCGCGGAGCUGCGCCGCGAUCUCGAUGCCAACACCCUCCCGGACCAGCGCGUCAACUUCGAGGCCCUGAUCCGCUACUACGAGGGCGGUGGCCGGCAGCCCGCCGGCACGGAGGAGCUCUGGGUCCUUGACGGCGAGUUCGUGUGGGGUCGCCUGCGGAGGCCCGAGGACUUUCCUCUGGGUGUCUAUUUCAACCCCAACGUUAAGAAGUUCUGCGAGAAUACCUGGAUGCGCCAGUGA